AUCACGGAGACAUGGCUCCAGGGUGACCAAGGCUGGGAGCUGAACAUCCAGGGAUAUUCAAUAUUCAGGAGGGAUAGAGAGAAAGGAAAAGGAGGUGGGGUAGCGUUACUGAUUAGAGAGGAGAUUAAUGCAAUGGAAAGGAAGGACAUUAGUUUGGAGGAUGUGGAAUCGGUAUGGGUAGAGCUGCGAAACACUAAGGGGCAGAAAACGCUGGUGGGUGUUGUGUACAGGCCACCUAACAGUAGUAGUGAAGUUGGAGAUGGUAUCAAACAGGAAAUUAGAAAUGCGUGCGACAGGCAAAACAGUUAUAAUGGGUGACUUCAAUCUACAUAUAGAUUGGGUGAAUCAAAUUGGCAGGGGUGCUGAGGAAGAGGAUUUCUUGGAAUGUAUGCAGGAUAGCUAUCUACUUUGGCAAGAGUGACCAUAAUAUGGUUGAGUUCUUCAUUAGGAUGGAGAGUGACAUUGUUAAUUCAGAAACAAUGGUUCUGAACUUAAAGAAAGGUAACUUUGAGGGUAUGAGACGUGAAUUGGCCAAGAUUGACUGGCAAUUAAUUCUAAAAGGGUUGACGGUGGAUAUGCAAUGGAAGACAUUUAAAGACUGCAUGGAUGAACUACAAAAAUUGUUCAUCCCAGUUUGGCAAAAGAAUAAAUCAGGGAAGGUAGUACAUCCGUGGAUAACAAGGGAAAUCAGGGAUAGUAUCAAAGCGAAGGAUGAUGUGUACAAAUUAGCCAGAAAAAGCAGCAUACCGGAGGACUGGGAGAAAUUCAGAGACCAGCAGAGGAGGACAAAGGGCUUAAUUAGGAAAGGAAAAAUAGAUUAUGAAAGAAAACUGGCAGGGAACAUAAAAACUGACUGCAAAAGUAUUUAUAGAUAUGUGAAAAGAAAGAGAUUAGUUAAAACAAAUGUAGGUCCCUUGCAGACAGAAACAGGUGAGUUGAUCAUGGGGAACAAGGAUAUGGCGGACCAAUUGAAUAACUACGUUGGUUCCGUCUUCACUAUGAAAGAAAUAAAUAAUUUGCCGGAAAUAGCAGGGGACCGCGGGUCAAAGGAGUUGGAGGAAUUGAGUGAAAUCCAGGUUAGCAGGGAAGUGGUGUUGGGUAAAUUGAAUGGAUUAAAGGCAGAUAAAUCCCCAGGGCCAGAUAGGCUGCAUCCCAGAGUGCUUAAGGAAGUAGCUCCAGAAAUAGUGGAUAAUAAUCUUUCAAAACUCUUUAGAUUCUGGAGUAGUUCCUGAGGAUUGGCGGGUAGCAAACGUAACCCCACUUUUUAAGAAGGGAGGGAGAGAGAAAACGGGGAAUUACAGACCAGUUAGUCUAACAUCGGCAGUGGGGAAACUGCUAGAGUCCUGUCUCUUAU